GUGCUUACUGCUUACUUCAGUUUAGCGGGCAAACCCACACAAACCACUCGUGUACACCCGGCUUAUGAAUUGGCGGGAAUCUGGAUCGCGUAAUAAUAUAAAAAUUCGUGUGCCGUGAAUAAUGCACAAUUUCAAUAAUAUGCUAUACCAAUGCUUCAUUGUUCUUAAUGCUCUGUUGAGCGUCAGAGCGUUCUCCUUGGGAUCCAGUUGCCGCUCCAAUGUAGAGUGUAGAGUCACACAUGCGCACUGCUCUAGGGGCGUUUGCGCGUGUCAGCCGUACUAUGCACAGGUUGAUAACUCUACUUGUCUCGAAUCAACACUUCUGGGAUCGGAAUGUAUAGUAUCGGAACAAUGUACCCUAAAGGUAGCGUACAGCGCGUGCUUGGAUGGCCUCUGUCGCUGUUCCGACGGACAUUUACAAUUCAGAAAGCAUACUUGUCUGUCUCCCGCUCCACCGGGACACGUUUGCUACAGCAACGAACAUUGUCGAUUAUGGGAGAAAGAGAGUCACUGUGAAUUUGUAAUACCAAAUCUCUUUGGAAGAUGCGCUUGUAAUACGAACUUCAAACAAAACGGAGAAAAGUGUUUGCCUCAAAAGGGAACAGCCUUUCCUACUGAAGCAGUGAUUCUUGAACACGGUGCUUCUAAAACUGAUAUUAUAAUGGCAUCGCCCUCAACUGUUGAAUUGUCGAAUAAAUCAUCAAAAUCGCCAAGUAGUCCUAGCGCUGAAAGUUUGUUUGGUAAUCCUAAUAUCUCAGACUCGGAUGACAUUAAGCCAAGUAAUUUACCCAUGUUCACGAGUAACAAUGAAGUUCUAAGUACGCAAGAAGAUAGUCCAUUGAUGCAAGCAGUUAUGAAAGUUCCGACAGCGGAACCCAGUAAAAGACAUCCAGUUUCAAUAAGAAAGGAUGAAGAAUCAAAUGAGCUAAUAGGUGUAGACGAAAUGACAGCUAAUUUACAUGCAAACGAUCAACCUAUAUACAGAGUAGUGACACAACCAUCUGUAGACAAAAAACCAAAUAAGAAAGGGGGAGUCAAGGAUCCGAAUACUAGUAAAACUAAUAAAAGUCAGAAAAAAUCUUCAUUAAAAGAGAAAAAUCGUAUCCGAGCUGAUAUAGUAUCAACACCAGAUCCAGGGCCAGCAUCAUUGGGGUUGUUCUGUCUAUCGGAUAGUCAAUGUCAGCUCGUUGAUCCGAAUACAAGAUGCUUGAACAAGAGAUGCGAUUGCACGUACCGAACUAAUUCAACGUCUGCGUGCUCAGCGCGUAAUCGAGGAUGUCUGCCUGGUACAUUCCAAUGCCGUUCAACUGGUGCGUGUAUCAGCUGGUAUUUCGUUUGCGACGGACGGAAAGAUUGCCCUGAUGGGUCGGACGAAAGGUGUCAAGGUACUGGUAAAGACAACACGGGCGAACGUUGUCCGAUGCACUCGUUCCGAUGCGGUGGUCCUGGCAGCGCGUGCGUGUCUCGAGGAGCUCGGUGUGACGGCAUUCCACAAUGCGCUGGUGGCGAAGACGAGAGGAACUGUCGUGCUACUAAACGGAGAGGUUGUCCGCGACAUACAUUCCGCUGCGGCUCAGGCGAGUGUCUACCCGAGUACGAGUUCUGUAACGCGAUCAUCUCCUGCAAGGACGGCUCUGAUGAACCGUCGCAUCUAUGCAAUGAGCAGUCACGGUGGCGUGCGGCGGACUUUUGUCCAUUGAGGUGCGGUAAUGGAAGGUGUCGGAGCACAGCUGUGGCUUGCUCCGGAAGAGACGGCUGUGGAGACAACAGUGAUGAAAUAGCUUGCUCUGUCUGCAAAUGUCCAGCACAACCUUCUUAAGCGUAAUAAAACCAAUUAUCAUGAAGUAAACUGAAGAAUCACCCAAUUAGAAGACUUCGACAUGGACACGGAUCAGUUUAGUGGAAACUUGACUCCAAAAUCUAAUUUGUAGUAUGGCUUAACAAACAAACCAAUUAUAUAGGUAUUUUUUUUAAAUCGUUUAACAUAAUAGACGAAAUCAUAAUGAUAUUUUAGUAAAAAAAAAAUACUAUACUGAUAGUAUAUUCCUUUAUCUUGCCUUCGAAAUAUUACAUCCCGCAAACUCCGUAGCCAUACGUAACUUUUUACGUUAUUUUAAUUAGUUAAGCUGAUGAACUCUGUAUACUUUAAUUGAUAUUUAUAAAUGAUUCAAUUCUAACUACUUCGUUAGUCUCAAAUUUUUUCCUUUAUGUCACUACAAUCGGUUUCAUAUUGCAAGAAAUAACGUCACGUAAUAAGACUGAAAUAAUGGGCUGAUAUUAUUUUAUUGCACCACUUUUAUUAACACGAACAAUUUAUAAUAUAAAUUCAAUGUAACGGCUGUAUAUAAUUUAAUAAAAAGAUAAUCUUUACAUUUUUCUUCGCCGCGAUUGGUUGGUAAUAAAAAUAAUGAUGACAUUUUCGAAUAUUUUUUACAGCGGUAAUUAUUAUUUAAUAUAGAUAUAAUGAGAACACCAGAUUUUAUACUUAUAAUAUAUUUUUUUAAAUUGUGAAAUGUUAGCAAAAAAAUUAGAAUCCAUGACAGAUAUAGUUCUUUUUUUAAAUACAUAAUUAAGUUAAGUGUGCUAUGAGUGUAAUUUAUUGUAAUAUACUGUGUGAGUCUGAAUGUGAAUAAAAAUAUUUAUAUCAAUAAAUGUAGUUUUAAAAAAAAA